UCAGCUGAUCGCGACAUUGCGUUGUCUGUUCAACAAAACACUUCCCCAUUUUUAUUGUCGAGUAGAAAAACUGAUUGAACGAAAUUUCAGAAGUGAUUGCAAUGCGGUGUACAUCGAAAAUCGGAGUUUCAUCGGUCACGAGUGCUUUUUCAACGCGUGUUUGUCGAAAUCCUCUGAAUACUCGAUUGUUGUCGGCUGUUUCUCAACCCAAAUUGCAGAAUAAUGGGAAACCGAAGACUGGGAUUUUGAUGUUGAACAUGGGAGGUCCCAAAACAACGGAUAAAGUUGGCGAGUACUUGCACAGGAUCAUGACAGAUAGGGAUAUGAUGCAGUUGCCGAUGCAGAGUCGUCUAGGUCCUUGGAUCGCCCGAAGACGAACACCCGAGGUCCAGAAAAAGUACGAAGAGAUAGGUGGAGGUUCGCCAAUUUUAAAAUGGACUAAUCUUCAGGGGGAACUUCUCUGCAAACAAUUAGACAGAUUGUCCCCUGAGACAGCUCCUCACAAGCACUACGUUGCCUUUCGUUACGUCGAUCCCCUCACCGAAGAAGCAUUGCAACAAAUAGAAGAGGAUGGAAUUGAACACACCGUGAUUUUCUCGCAAUAUCCCCAGUACAGCUGCGCCACCACUGGCUCCAGCUUCAAUGCUAUUUACAAUUAUUAUAAAACAAGAGAAAUCCCGAAAAACAUGAAGCUGAGUGUUAUUGAUCGUUGGCCAACGCAUCCACUGCUCGCUAAAACAUUUGCGGAGAAAAUUAAGGGAGAAUUGAAGGAAUUCCCAGGGGAUGUGAGAGAUAAUGUUCACAUACUGUUUUCGGCGCAUUCACUUCCUCUCAAGGCUGUGAACAGAGGGGAUACGUACCCCAGCGAAGUGGCAGCAACCGUGCAUAUGGUAAUGCAAGAGUUGAAUUACUGCAAUCCGUAUCAUCUCGUGUGGCAAUCCAAGGUGGGUCCUCUGGAGUGGCUGGGGCCAUUAACAGAUGCAGCGUUGAAAGAUUAUGUGAAACAGGGAAAAAAACACUUUAUCCUUGUGCCAAUAGCUUUUGUUAACGAACACAUAGAGACGCUCCAUGAAAUGGACAUCGAGUACUGCGAUGAAUUAGCCAAAGAGUUGGGUAUUGACAGAAUCAGGAGAGCAGCUGCGCCGAACGAUCAUCCUUUAUUCAUUGAUGCUCUGACUGAUAUUGUUGUCAGACACUUGCGAUCUCAACAAGCCUGCAGUCCUAAAUUUCUCACGAGGUGCCCCCAUUGUGUCAAUGAUAACUGCGGCCCGAGUAAACAGUGGUACCAAAAAGUUUGCAGAAUUUGAGAAAAACUGGGGAACAUCUAUCAAUAAUUAUAGCAUCAUCCAUUAUUAUUCUUUUUUCAUGGUAACGGGGUUUGCAGACUGGAAAUUGUUCAUUAAUUAAAUGUAUCUGGGAUUA